CACAAGCUGUCAGCUGUGCGCUUGCAACCGCAUUUCUAAUUGGUUUCUUUGGAUUUGAUUUUAUAAAUUCUGUAAUAAAAUUAAAAUAAAAAUCGUGUCAAUAUGCCUUUUAUGAAAGGUCGCGCGCCCAUUCGGCGUACCAUUGAAUACUUGAAUGCCGGUCGUCUUGUAUUAAAGGAUAAAGUGAAAAUUUUUAGUGUGAACUACAAUACACACGGUGACCACCACAGUGGUGCCAGGGAACUUGUAUUUUGGAAUUUAUGUCAGAUCCAGUAUAAAAAUCCAAAUGUACAAGUAGUGGCCCUUAAAAAUAUGACACCUUCACCUUUUGUACGAUGUUAUUUUGAGGAUGGAAGGGAUAUGCUAAUCGAUGUAGAUAGUCGGAAUCGUGAGGAAAUAAUAGAGCAUCUAUGCAAAGUUGUUGGCAAAACAAAAGCUCAACUGGAUGCGGAGGCACAUUUGGCUGAAAGUAAAGAUAAUCCAGCUAACUUUGGCUAUGGCUGCGAUCGACACUGCAUAUGUGAAAUACCCGGCCAGGUGCCCUGUCCUGGCAUUGUGAAACUUCCAGAUCACCUGCGUGGAAAAUUCAUCUUUGCACCAAAGUAAUAUAAAAAAAAACUAUUUCGUUUUAAUCCUAG